UGAAGUUAAAAUACUGUUAGUUAUAAUAAACUUUGCUACUGAAACUGAUUUCACUUUUUAUUCUUUUUUUUUUUUAUUUUUUUUUUUCUCAGUAAAAAAUGGGAGCAACAGAUAGUAAACUUGCUUUUAGAAAAAAUGUAUUUCGAUUAUUCGAAGACAAAAAUAUUGCAACAAGUGAAAAUGAAUAUUGGGAAUUGUUUUGGACUUUACCUGAAUCUGCUGAUGAUAUCUUUUCUUUGAUUGGCGCAAGUGACAUUCGAAAAACUCGAGAUUCAGCUAGAAAUAAUCUUGAAGUGUUAAUUGAUAAACUUAUGGAUAAGAUGCAGGCUAUAUUAAAAGCUCAAAACUUUCCUUCCGAACAACAUUCAAUUAACCAUCUUUUGAAUUGCUGUCGUGUUUUAACACGUAUUAUGCCAUUUAUUUUUGAAAGUCUAGAGUGCUCAGAAUGGGAAGAGAGUUUCUUUUGGACUCCCAGACAAGUAGAGAAAGAUAAAAAGGAUCCUGAAGAUAAAGUAGAGUAUGAGACAUUACCUUGUCGUGGUGAACUACUUUUAACUUGUAAUUUACUUGUUCUUUUUUUUUUUAUUAUUAUGAUGUAUUAUUAUUAUUGAUGGUUUUAUUUAUUUUUAUUUUUAUUUUUUUUUAUUCUUUUACCUUAUAAUAGUUACUAUUCAAGCGUUGUUUUUAGCUG